UCCGCUAGGCUGGCCCACCCGCUGGCGGAACGCAGUAGCGUGACUGAGGCUGUGCGACGAGGACCGGAGCGGUUUGGGCGACACACAGGGCAAAGAUGGCGGCUGAGAGGCAGGAGGCGCUGAGGGAGUUCGUGGCCGUGACGGGGACCGAGGAAGACCGGGCUCGCUUCUUCCUCGAGUCAGCCGGCUGGGACCUGCAGAUCGCCCUAGCAAGCUUUUAUGAGGAUGGAGGGGACGACGACAUUGUGACCAUUUCGCAGGCGACCCCCAGUUCAGUGUCUAGAGGCACAGCCCCUAGCGAUAACAGGGUAACAUCCUUCAAAGACCUCAUUCAUGACCAGGACGAGGAAGAGGACGAGGAAGAGGGCCAGAGGUUUUAUGCCGGAGGCUCUGAGAGAAGUGGACAACAGAUUGUUGGCCCUCCCAGGAAGAAAAGUCCCAAUGAGCUGGUGGAUGAUCUGUUUAAAGGUGCCAAGGAACAUGGAGCUGUAGCUGUGGAGCGAAUGACCAAGAGCCCUGGAGAGACCAGUAAACCGAGACCAUUUGCAGGGGGUGGCUACCGCCUUGGGGCAGCACCAGAGGAAGAGUCUGCCUAUGUGGCAGGAGAAAGGAGGCGGCAUUCUGGUCAAGAUGUUCAUGUAGUGUUGAAACUCUGGAAGAGUGGAUUCAGCCUGGACAAUGGCGAACUCAGAAGCUACCAAGACCCAUCUAAUGCCCAGUUUCUGGAGUCCAUCCGCAGAGGGGAGGUGCCAGCAGAGCUGCGGAGGUUAGCUCACGGUGGGCAGGUGAAUUUGGACAUGGAGGACCAUCGAGAUGAGGACUUCAUGAAGCCCAAGGGAGUCUUCAAAGCCUUCACUGGCGAGGGUCAGAAGCUGGGCAGCACGGCACCCCAGGUGUUGCAUACCAGCUCUCCAGCCCAACAAGCCGAAAACGAAGCCAAAGCCAGCUCUUCCAUCUCAAUCGAUGAGUCACAGCCUACCACAAACAUCCAAAUACGGCUUGCUGACGGUGGGAGGCUGGUGCAGAAAUUUAAUCACAGCCACAGGAUCAGCGACAUCCGACUCUUCAUCGUGGAUGCCCGGCCAGCCAUGGCUGCCACCAGCUUUGUCCUCAUGACUACCUUCCCGAACAAAGAGCUGGCUGAUGAGAACCAGACCCUUAAGGAAGCCAACCUGCUCAACGCCGUCAUCGUGCAGCGGUUAACAUAGCCAUCCAGCCCUGCCGGGCGGCCUCGCCUUCCUCCGUGUUUCCCACGGCCAGCUGCCCUGUGGGGACCGCCCCUCCAGCCCGUUCUUGAACACCCAGCAGUCCAGUGCCACAUCUCCUCUGUAGCUCUGGGUUCUUAGAUCUCAGUUGGACAUUUGUUUUCUCCUUAGUUGCAUUUCCUGGGUUUUUGUGACGAUCAGUGGACUUUAAAGAAAAAAAUAAAAACAACCAAAAAAAUGGAAGGAAUAUCACCAGCAUGUUACACGGAACCUCUCCUCUCCCACUGAAGUUGGCUUUGAUUCCUUUAAAAUCAUUUACCUCCAGGGUGUGCAUAAAAAUUGCUUAUGGCACACAAUACCUGUCCACUCUGUGUGUCCACCUGCCACCCCCAUGAUGACCAGUGGAAGAUCUCCCCCUUAUAAGGAAGGAAGUGGGGGACUCAUGGAAAGAGGCUUUGCAGCCGCUUAACUCCCAUAGGAACAAACUGCCUGGGUGAAACCAGGCAGCAGUGAGAGUCCCCUGAAGUGUGCGGUCAGAGCUAGAUGCCCAUGAUCCCUUCAGAUGAAAAUAAAUACUCCCCUGGACUCCUGUCACCCAAACCUGGGAAAUUCAAUUUUCCAGGCCUGAGCCACUUGAGACUCUUAAUGACACCUGCCAGCCACAGCCCUUUCCUCCCUCAUCACCUGGUGAUUCCAGCUGUUCUGUCAUUGCUUUACUCACGUGCAGAAAUGUGUACCUAGGGAGUAAGUGGGGUAGCUUUUCAUUGGUUAACAGCUCAUGCCAAUCCAAAUGAGUUCAGAGUUAACGGUAUCUUGGUGAGAAACAAUCAAGAUGCCACUGAGCUAUUCAGUAAUGUGCAUGACAAAUGCUGAGAGGGGGUGGUUCCUGUGCUACCCGAACUUUUUACUGUGUUAGCGUUUGCAGGAGGCCUGGACUGAGUAGAUUUUGACAGAGUAAGGUCUGUGCCUGGCUUUGGUGUGCGGGCUCUGUCUGCCUCACAGUUGUUCUCUGCCCUGCCCAGUUCAGACUUGCAACAGUUUGGGCAAUACGGUAUAGACCUCCCUUGGUACGGUAUAGACAUAAAUAAGUGUACUUUUUUUUUUUUCUGUGCAAGUUUGGGAGAGGAGGAUCACUGGGGUCUUGGAAGCCUUUCCACCUCCCUGUUAAGUGAACCACAGACUUAGAAUCAACACUGACUCUGUCUCCUGGUUUUGAAUCAUAACGUGCCUCAGUCCUCUUUCCAAGCAGUCCUCACCGAUCACUCCACUUCACAUCCUGCAGCAAGCCAAGAACCAACACUACUUAUACCCAGAGUUGAGGAACUCCUUGGAUUUCAACCAAGACCCAUCCUGAGAAAGGGACCCAGCUUGGUGCUUCUGAUCCCAAACUGGCAAGGGCCUGCCAGGGCUGCAGCAUCUGCCACAAGCGUGUCAGGAAAAGCAGGUCUGGAAAAGACCUGCAGGUCUGGAAAAGCUGUAAAUUAUUGUCACCUUGACCAUUAAAAACCAGAAUAAGGACAAUGGAGUUUGAUACUUUCUAAUGGAUUGGCUUUGAAGAAGUUGUGUAAUAACAGCAGCCAUUGUAAAUACUCAAGUGCCUCACAAUGGUCCCAUUUCACAGUGCAAAACCUAAAGCCCAGCUUGCACAGCUGGUUAAGUGGUAAGGUGUGCCUGCUUCCAAAGCUCAUGCUUUUAACUGCCACGCCCCAUGUACUUACAUUCUGGCCCCAGCCCCAGCCUUGCAUGCAUACACUCAACCCCCUCCACCCCACUUCAGGGUCACUCCUUAAGUUACUAGUAUACACCAGGAUAGAUCACAAAAAUACCACUUAAACCUGCACAUACAGAAAAUCACAAAGGUCUGUUGGGAUUCCACCACCCACAAUUCAGACCAGCUAGGUGUGACUGGCCCAAGGUCAAGGGCUAGUCUGCCAUGGAGUCAGACAUCACACUGGCACUGCAUUCAGUCUGGCUAAGGAUGUUUUCAGCCCUGGUUCUCCCUGGGUGGUCCAGAGAGAAAGGGUUUGUCCACCCAGAUAGGCUUUCGCUGAUUUUUCUUUGUUUUAAAAAGGAUACUCAGCAGCCACUGGUUCUAGGACUUCCAAAUUCAGAGCAUUCAUCCUCAACUGAGGCAUUUUGUUAAUUGGUGGGGGCAUUUUGGAUUAUCCCAAAAAUUAGCUGGCAAGUAAGGGGACCUCCUGGAGUUAAA